AUGGCUUGUUUUUCGGAAGUUCGAUUACCGAUCGAAUAUGGACGAAUUACUCGCGAAGGAUUUCCAUCUGAGUUAUAUGGAUAUUUAACACCAGCUAAAUACAAUCAACGUGUCGACUCUUACAACAGACUGUGUACGAAACAUCGCCAUCGUUCCUGCAUGGCAUGCAUUCCACCACAUUUGUUCGCCAUCAUCGCAAUGUCAAUCAUCGUGCCGCUUUUUAUACUGAAGCAACAGAAUGACAUGAACGAUAAGCCGAGUAAGGUGAAUUUUGUUUGGUUAUUGGCGUUGAUGCCGGUUGUUGCGAUUAUUAGUUUAUCAUGGAUGUGGAUGUUGAGCAAGCGAUUAAAGACCAGAUUAUUGAAAGAUACCAAAGAUUUAAUCGCUACAUUUAAUGAACAGGAUACGCCACAAAUAGGAGUUUCUUGGCGUUUCCAAAGUCACAGGACAGAAAAUGAUGAUUUCGCCGAGGAAUUUCUUGUCAUAACAUUACCAAAUGUACGACUCUCACAAACACCAACUCUACGCCACCAAAGCUCCGACACAACAAUGGUCGCAUUCCCUAUAUACGAUUACACUGCGCUAACACCAAUACCAGCAGCACAAAUCUCACCACGCGAAGAACGACACAAUGUCGAUUUGCACACCCUGAUCACGAUAUCACCACCAAGCUAUAAUGAUGCUACUUCGCAGAAUGACACGUCGUCAAUGCGAAGUGUUAAAGCAUCGACUUCACCCCGACGUAAUUCUUUUUCAAAUCGGCCUAGUAAUCUUAUUGCUGGUUCGUCGAAUCGUGGACACCGGGUUGAUUAUGAUACUUUACAAAUCAUUAAUUACAAACAAUAG